AUGUCAAAGAAGACUAGUUUAGGUAGACAAAAAAUCCCUAUUGAAAAAAUACCCAAAAAAAGCCAUUUACAAGUUACUUUCUCUAAACGUCGUUCAGGACUAUUCAAAAAAGCUAGUGAACUUUGCACUCUGUGUGGUGUUGAGAUUGCGAUCGUUGUUUUCUCUCCUGCUGAUAAGGCAUUCUCUUUUGGUCAUCCAGAAGUUGAGUCGAUCGUCGAUCGUUAUUUGACUCGCAAUCCUCCACAAGAAUCUGGUGCUCACCAACUUGUCGAGGCUCAUAGAAAUGCUAAUGUGCGCGAUCUCAACAUCCAAUUGACUCAACUUCUUAACCAUUUGGAGAUUGAAAAGAAACAAGGGGAAGAGAUUGAGCACAUGAGGAAAGCUAGGCAAAGGCAAUUUUGGUGGGAGAGCCCUAUUGAUGAGCUUGGCCUGAAUGAAUUGGUUCAAUUAAAGGGUUCUAUUGAUGGGCUGAAGAAGAACAUUGGAAAAUUUGCUAACAAAUGCAUGAUGGAACAAUCUAAUGCGUCUUCAUCAAAUAUGGGAGCAAGUGGAUUUGUACGUUAUGAUUCCCUUGACAACAAAUUUGGGAUUAAUAUUGCUCCCCCACUUCCUAAUGCCUAUUAUCUUGGAUUUCGGAAUGGGUAUCUUUGA